AUGAGUGACAAUGAUCCACCACCAGUACUUACAAAGCAAGCUACAUGUAGUACAACCGCGACUGCAGACAGUUCAGUAUCAAUUGUGACGACAUGUAUUGGUAACAUUACAUUGGCAUCAAACAGUAAUGAUUCCUUUACCAAAACAACAACCAUUGUCACGCCUUCAUCAUCAUCUUCUUCAGUUUCCGACUCAACACAGACCACUUCAGGUCGUGCCUCCUCUAAUCCAUCUGCGCCAUCGUCGAAUAAAAGCAUAACAUCGGAUACCAAAAAUGCAACUAACGUUAUCGCUGGAAGUAGUGGAACAGCAGUAACAACAACAACAACAACAACAUCAGCAAGUAGUAGCAAUGCCGAGACGGCUUCUUCAACAUCAUCAACGCCACAACCAGCUCCAAAAAGUCGUCGUAAGCCAACAUCACGUACAAAAAAGGAUGCCGUGGAUAAGACGAAAACUUCCACCGCAGUUGUUAGUUCAUCAUCUGCUACGCAGAUGGUUCCACAAACACCAUUAAUGCUAACUUCUGCUUCGCCUGGGCAAUUCAUGCUUGUUCACCAUAAUGGGCAAUGCUACAUGAUGUCGGCAACGCAAUAUUUCAAUACAAAUCAACAAAUUGCUGCUGUUAGACCGCAGCAGCAGCAACAGCAACAACUUUCUACACCAUCAACAUCCUGCACUACCACCAUUACCACUUCGACACAGGAUUUCUUUAAAGUAAUACAACAGCAACAAGCACAGUCAGUUCAAAAUUCGACAAAUGCAGUAGCUGCCGCCCAACAAUUUUAUUCACAGCAGCAGUUCCGUCAUACGCACCCGUUGCCUUCACAGCAGCAAUAUGUGCAGCCGGGUUUUGUGGCUAGUAGCGCAACAUUGGGACAACUUGCACGAAGUCUGGCUCCAAAACCAGCAUUACCAGGACCGGGAUCAGUUGCUGUAGUAGCGACCAGUACACAGAUGUCAUCAACUACAGUAACGACAACGGUUACCACAACAACAUCGUCGUCUACUGCUGGACAAGGAAGUGAUGCAUCCUUAGGACGAUCAGCGCAGCAGCAAUCACCGCAGCAGUUGGGAACCGCAUCAGUACAGCAGAUGCAACCGUCAAUGUUUCCCCAAGGAAUCCAACUCCGCACACCACCAGGUUCCUCAGGUAUUGUCUUCCAGAUGCCAUCCGGAGCAUAUACAUAUGUCCAUCAGUUGGUUACCCCUCAGCAGCGCACCUCUAUUGCGAUACCUCAACAACAGCAAAUUCCAGCCUGUAUUGGACAAGCGGUGGCGGCAAGUCAGCCACAAAACCAACAACAGCACCAGCCUUCUCCUGCUAGCUCACCCACUCAAAAAGUUGUUCCUUCAGCCACAGCUGAAUCGAAAAAUAAGCAGACAUCAAGUAAUGUUAGCAAGGAAUCAACAACCAUAGAACGAAAGGGAAGUAAUGCUUCGCCAACUGUUGAUAAAGAGAGUCAGCCAUUGGCGCAGAUGGUUUCAAUACCAAAUAAGCCACCAGCAGCUUCCGUCAAAAGUAGUGAAGCUUUGUCAAAGAAUGUCAGAGGAGGUGGUAAGCAUUCAGGAAGUGGACGAAAGACGGGCACAGUAAAAAUUGCAACACCUCAACCAAUAGCUCCUACGAAUUUGGUACCAGUUGGUGCUCCAGUUCCAAUGAUGGUGAUGUCUGCUCCGAUGCCGCAGCUAAGUUCCUUCGGAGGACAUGCAGCGGUACCGUUCAUGGGACCAAACGGACAAAUCAUACAUCAACAGCUGAUCUCGAAUCCACCUGUUCCAACGCACCAGAUGAUACCGGUAUUUCAACAGCAGCAACAAACCACUGCUCACUUUCCUAUUUCCCAGUCGGCACCAACUCAAGUCCAAGAUGCAGCUUCUCAUGAUUCGCAGAAAACAGUUACGGAUGAUGACAACGGUUAUGCUGAUUCUGGUAUCGAAAAUGAGCCUCCACCACUUCUUGUUCAGGGAGAGUCGAAAGAUGCACUCGAUAUUCAUAUGAUGUUCACCAAGGAAGCGGAAAGAUAUUAUCAAAAAACAGGACGGAAAGGCAAAAUUAUUCAUUUGAUUGAAGGAUUUGAAAUUGAGGAAUCAGACGAGCCUUUUCCUUGUGACCCACCUUGCCGAUUAAGUGAUUGGCUUUUAUCCGAGAUGGAAGAUAAGAAUGGAAGGAAGAUAUGCAAGGAACGUAGAUGGAGUUCAUCGCCAAAAAAACUAAUCGACGAGAAAGGUACGGAACCAAUAUUAGAUAUAACCACCGAAAAAAUGGAAACCAAAAAAGGACGUGCAAAAGCAUCACCGACAAAAUCUGAAGCGUCUAGUGAAAAAGCAGAAAAGAAAACUCGUAAGCGUAAAACGAACGAACUCGACCGAUUGUUGCAAAUGGAUUUUGGGCCAUCGCAUGGACGUCUUUCUGAUAUUAUGCAAAAAUCUGUUUAUAAGCCAACCAAAGAAAGCAAAGAAGCUCUGCCGCCACCUCCAUUACCGCCGCCAACAAAGACCUGUUUGACAAAGCCAAAGGGACGACCACCUUCUUCAUCGGUAGAUAAGCAAAAACUAGAAAAAGUUGAAGUAAGUGAACCGGUAAUGGAAAGAUUCAUUAUUGAGGAUGCUGCAGAUAUCUCCCCAAAAGCUGUAACCAAGAAGUUGGAAGAAAGUCCAGCAACUGCCGAUCAGUCGUUGAAUUCUUCGUCGAAAAGUAGUGCUGAUACAGGGACUGGAAGUUUAUUAGUUAGUUUCUCGGAUGAAGAGCUUGAUACGGAAAGAUGUAACUACUGCAAUGGUUUGCUGCGUCUUAAACGUCUGGAAAAUCAUCCGCAGUAUUGCUCGAAGAAAUGUCGUAAAUUAUGGAAGAAGAAUCCAACUAUUAGUGAAGAGCAAGUUGGACGCUCAUUCAAUGCAUCACCGCGACUACCAGUUAUACGUUCAACGGAUACAUCACCAAUUAAUAAAGAUAUUAAUCCUACAGUGCAAAAUCUCAGCAUAAUUUCCGAGCCGUCCUCUACAGGUAGUACCAUUGAUCUGCAGCAACGAACACCUCCAACUUUAACGCUGAAAAUGGUCUCACCGCAGCAAGCGGAAAUCGUAAAAUCUCCUCGUGGUUUGUCCAGUUCUUACUCAUUAGGUGAAUGCAGUAAAGCACCGUCGACAUCGGUUUCCCCAGCCAUGGCUGUAACUCCAGCAGUUGAGCAUGCAACGAUGGAUUUUCUUUCGAGACCGACAAAAACGUGGACUUGCGAUGAAGUAGCAAGGUGGGUAUCAUCAGUAACCGGCAAUGAAGAUUGUGCGAAUACCUUCCGUAAUCAGGAUAUUGACGGCCAAUCACUGUUAUUACUGCCAGAUAAUGCUCAUAAUAAUUUGGUAACGCUGCUGGGAUUGAAACUUGGUCCAGUGGUGAAAAUUCUGAAUGCCCUCAAAGAAUUAUCCAGCAAAAGUAUCAAUGCCACAUAAUG